AUGAUGAAUAAUAUUUCAAAAUAUUUAUAUAGAGCAGGUAGUAAUGGUAGUUUUUUAAAAUCAAAUAAAUAUUAUCUAAACAGUAAUGGUAAACAAUUGAAUCGUUGGUUUUGUUCAGCAGCAUCCACAUCGAAAUCAUCGGUAGUUGUUGAUACAACUCUUAAUUUUUUGGAACAGAGAGAAGAUGUACAACCACUGUCUCAACCUAUUGAACCAUCUUUUAUUCACAAGAAAUCGGUGAGUGAACAACCGGUUGCUCCACCAUUGGAGCCGAAACCAGCAUACUUUGAGAUCAACCCUGGAAACUCUGAUCCACUUCUGGAUCCAGUGGUCAAGGUAUUCUCUGUGCUAUCGUCACCCAAUCACUAUACUCCAUGGCAGAUGAAACCACAGCGUGAAGUUACAGGCAGUGGUUUCGUUAUUACUGGUAAGCGUAUUCUGACGAAUGCUCACGUCGUUGCCGACCAAACCAGUAUAAUGUUGACCAAGUUUGGUAAUCCCAACAAAUAUCAUGCAAAACUAUUGGGAAUUGCACAUGAAUACGAUUUGGCAUUGCUCACCGUCGAAGAUGAAUCAUUCUUUGAUGGAAUCGAUCCAUUGGAGUUUGGCGAUAUUCCAGAGUUGCAAGAUACCAUUACGGUUGUAGGAUUCCCAACGGGUGGAUCCAAUAUCUGUGUGACACAGGGUGUCGUCUCGAGAAUCGAUCUUCAACAAUAUGCACAUUCAGAGAGUAAGCUGCUCUCUAUUCAAAUCGAUGCCGCUAUCAACCCAGGAAACUCUGGUGGACCGGCACUUAUGGGUGGACAAGUCGUCGGAAUUGCAUUCCAGAAUCUGGCUGGUGCCAGCUCGGUUGGAUUCAUCAUCCCAACACCGGUUAUCAAUCGAUUCCUCAAUGACGUCGAGAAGAACGGAAAGUUUACAGGUGAACCAAUGAUUGGAAUGAUGGCGCAGUACUUGGACUCGGUGCCACGCUCCUACUUUGGAAUACCAAAGGAUCUCACUGGACUCUUGGUCAACGAACUUCAUCCACUGUCUGCCGCCAAAGACAUACUGCGUAAAAACGACAUUAUCACUCAUAUCAAUGGUGUUGCCAUCGCCAACGAUGGAUCGAUUGCUUUCAGGAGACGUGAGAGAAUCACCUAUGAAUAUUUACUCUCUUCACAUUUCAUUGGCGACAAAAUCAAUGUCACUGUUUUCCGUGAGGGACAGUCAAUGGAUCUAUCGGUGCCACUGGUGCCACAACACAGAAUGGUACCAUAUCAGACCUACGACAAACGACCAAGUUAUUUCUGUUACGCUGGAUUCGUCUUCACACCGGUGACACAUCCAUUCCUGACAGAGAUUGCAGAGGAUUUGGCAUUGACCUACAGACGUGUAUUUGAAAAAAUAGAAAGAAUAACAUCACCAAGCUCACAAGUUGUGGUCAUUUCACAGAUUCUGAUAGAUAAAAUCAAUCAUGGAUAUAGUUCCUUUGGAUUUUCAGAAGUUAAAAAAGUAAACGGUACACCCAUUAGAAAUUUAGCACAUCUCGUUCAAUUGAUCGAAGAGACUACAAAACCACAUGUAGUUAUCACACUUGAAAAUGAAUAUUUAAUAAUAUUGGAUAAAGAAGAAGCAAAAGAGGCAACCAUUAGAAUUAUGAAACAACAUGCUAUUCCAAGUGAUAGAUCAGAGGAAUUACAUUCAAUAAAGCAACAAUAA